GUAAAUUCGCUUCUGACGUCAGACAGAAUCAGCCUCAAUUCCUUACGCCAACGCUUCCAUUGAUGCCUUGUCUAUUAGAAACAACACAUUGACGGUCCUUCAUGCUUAGGGGCCGGCUAUCGGGAAGCGUACGGCGUGAUAUGGCGGUUUGGAAGAUAGCUUUUUUGGCCGACACUGGUCUCCCACGAGCCGGCGCUCUGCUCCUGAGUGUCUUGAUAAAUGCAGGACGAUAGGACUAGUGUUUAUACGGGGGCCGCAGGCAGAUAACGCUUGGCGGUUUGCGCACCCAUUCCGAUUUCGCCGGCCGGCCGGCUGAGAAUCCUGGGCGCUGCGCCAUAGAUUUUUACACAAUUCACGCAAGCUUUUACUUCACCACAACUACCCACAGCUAUAAUCAAGUACAGACGCAGGCACGACAAUACGUUCUGACUCGAAUGUGCUGCCUUUAGCCACUUAGUCUCUGAUGAGCAUUCUUCUCUGUUGCAUAAGGCCUCCCGCUUCCACCGACAAUGACUGUAAGGAAGAGCGGGGGCGGUGCAGCCUUGGGGAGCGUAAUUCGGGUUCGCCGCACAAAGCCCGAACUGGAAGCUCGUUGGACGCCAGGACAUCUACGUCGCUGGAUAACAGCGGCGAUGAGUCUUCAGCGCCCAGGCCUCUGCUCACCCUGGGCUCGUUGCGCGAGCGCAAGGCCCCGCCAAGGCUAUCGGAGGACACGGUUAUCUCAGCCCUUUCCACAACUCCCACGAGCCUGAACCCUCUGGCAUUCUUUCUACCAUUUGGAAGCGAUGAUGUGGAUGAGGGUAGCGCUGGGCAGCCCGGCAUGGAUGCGUCGGAGUUUGGCAGCGCUCAGCCGCAGCCGCCCCGCAGCAAGGUGGAAUUUGUGGACCUGUGUGGCUCGCUGGAGGACCUCUGCUACCUCGGCGAGGGUUCCAACGGAGUGGUCUACUCCGCGUCCUGGCAUGGCGCGCGCGUUGCGGUCAAGUUUCUGCUCGGGAACAACGACGACAGCACACACCUGCAGCGCUGCUUCACAGAAGCGGUGUUGACGAGAGUCUUAAGCCACCCUUGCGUUGUGCAGUGCUUCGCCACUGCCAUUGCGCAGCUCACGACAGAGGUGUGGGACGGCAUCCAGGCGCGGUCCCGGCGGCACCAGUCGCUGCUGCAAUCCACCUCCCUUGGCCGCGGGGCCGGCGCUGCCGUGGCGCCCCACGACGCCGCGGAGUCAGAGGCCCUGGCCCUGGAGCUGGCGGCGUGCCACGACCGGACAGAGGCUGCCAUCCUGGCGGACCUCAAGUCCGGCCUGCGCGGCCGCUCGGCCACGUGUGGUGGCGGCGUCGGCGCCGGCGCCGGCGGCCUGCAGCCCAGCGUCAGCAGGCUGUCGUCGGCGCUGCACAACCAGCUGUCGGGAGUGCUGGGGCCGCUGGCGGCGGCGGCGGCGCUGCCACGCGUGCCCACGCCGCCGACGACGAUGCCGCUGCGGCCGGGCUCCUCGCUGCAGCAGCCGGUACAGCAGCAGUCGCCCGCGCGGCAGUCGCAGCAGUCGCCGCACACGCCGUCGCAGCUGGCGCUGCUCCUUAGCGGCGCUGGCGGCAUUGUCGCGCCGACGACCCCGGCAGGCGCUUGUGGGUCGGUGGCGACGCUCGUGUCUGGCGCGUUGUCACUGCCCAAGUGCAGCUCGAUGGGCGGUGCCCGCACCAGCAGCUGCGAGGGCGACCUGCCUCGGCGCACCUCGCUUGCGGUCGACGGCGACGUUGUAGUUUGCAGCGAUGGCGCAGCCGUUAGUGAAGGCGGCCGCGCCGCCGCAGCGGCGGCACAGCGCGCUAGCCUGGAAAUGCCGCCGGCCGCGGCAGAUGCCGCCGCUGGCGACGACGACGCUGAGGCGGCGCAGCCGCUGCCGGGCGAGGGCGUGAGCCUGAUGCAGGCGCUUGUGGACCUGCGUGCGGAGCCGGGGCGGCAUUGCACGGUGGUGGUGAUGGAGUACAUGGACGCGGGCACGCUGCACCACGCCAUCGUGCGCGGCGAGUUCUGUGCGCGGCGCUCGCUGGAGCACCGCACCAAGCUGCUGGCGCUGCUGCUGACGGCGCAGGAGCUGGCGCAGGGCAUGGCGCACCUACACGGUCUGGACAUUCUGCACGGCGACCUCAAGCCCACCAACGUGCUGCUCAAGGGCUCGCCCUGCCAGUUCGCGCCGACCGGCGCGGCGGGCGUCAAUGGCUUCACCUGCAUUGACCCGCGCGGCUAUAACAGCAAGAUCGCAGACCUGGGCCUGGCGCGGCCGUGCAUUGGCGACACGACAGAGCUCACGUCAGACCAGUGGGGCGCGCUCGCCUACCUCGCCCCUGAAGCCGCCAAGGGCAGCUGCUGCAAGGCUUCUGACGUGUACUCGUUCGGCGUGAUGCUGUGGGAGAUGAGCGCCGGCGUGCGCCCCUACCUCGGCCUCACCACGCCGCAGGUCCUCAUGGGCCUGGUCACUGGCACCCUCCAGCUGACGUGGCCCUCCGACGGCUCCAUCUACGCGCCCCUGCGCAGCCUGGGCAUCGCCUGCACCGACCCCAACCCCGCCGAGCGCCCCACGUUCGAGGUCGCCGCGCGCAUCCUGGGCCGCAUGGUCCGCCACAUCCGUUCCGCCUCGGAGCCCCUGCGCCAGCGCCACUCAAGCGCCAUGAGCAUGGAGACCAGCGGCGGCUGCGGCAGCGCCGGCGCGCACUCGCCGGCCGGCUGCUGCGGCACCGGCAGCAAGCCCAGCGGCGGCAACGGCCUGCUCAACCACGCGCCGCGCAGCAUGCCCAUGUACAUCCCGCCGCCGGGCGCUGGCGCCGGCUCGCGCCCCACCACUGGCUCCGGCCUCAUGCCGCGGCCCAAGCCCAUGUCGCAGGCGGAGGCCAUGGCAGCCGGCAUGCUGUCGGGCCCCGGCAGUCUCAUGCAGAUGCCAGCCAUGGCGCCGGCCGCGGGCCAGGCCGGCGUGUCGUCGGCCGCGGUGGCGGCGGCACGGCUAUCCACGUCCGGCGCCAUGCAGCAGCCCGUGCCGGGGCCCUGGCGCGGCGCCGCAGGCGCCCCCGCCGCCGUCCCGGCAGCGGCGGCGGCGCAGCAGCAGCUCGGCGGCUUGUCCGCCGCAGCAUACCCCCGCGCGCGCCUGGGCGGCAACGGUGGUUACUGCGGCGGCGCUGUGCUGCGGUCGCCUCUGGGCGGCACCGUUAGCUUCCGCCUGCCGCCCACGCAGGACAACGUGGUGCGCCUCGGCGGCGGCGCGGCGUUGGCGCCGGCCGUCAGCGGCGGCGCUGAGGGCGCGCCCCAUGAGCCGCACGUCGGCGGCAGCGCGCAGGCGCUUCACACGCCGCGGCCGGGCUCCUCGCCUGCGCACUCGCACGUGCAGGUGUCGGAGCCCUACUUCCAGCCCUCCUCGCCGCCGCAGCACCUUCGGUGACCCUCCAUCGCCCUCCG